AUGUCCCGCGGAGUCGCCGACCAUCCCUACGAUGACGACCACGCCGUCCUUGACGAUGACUUCCUCAACGAUGAGGUCGAACCAGACGAACCCUCAUACAACACCUCGGACCGUGCUCCCCUGACGGGCAACAUUCAAUCCUCCUCCUCGAGCGCGCCUUUGAACCAAAAUUACUUGACCUCCAGAAUACCCGGCGAGGACAGACGUGCCCCUCAGAACACCAUUGAUGAAAGCGUGUGGGAAACCGUCUCUCGAGACCUACUGGCCGUCUGGGAAAAAAUGAAGCAAGUCCUCUACCCGAAGUACCUGCUUGGUGGUAUGCUGCAGAGACAAGGCUCGGGCAUAGGUGACGAGGAGAGUCAAGGCUUCGGCCGAGACCUACGCGGUCUGAUAGGAAGAUGGCCUGAUGCAGACGGAAUCCUCCAGGGAGGUCUGAGUGAAGGUCUGCGAGAUUGGGAUCUGUGGGGCCCACUCAUCUUCUGUCUGCUCCUGAGUGUGUUUCUGUCAAUGCGAGCUAGCAAAGACCAGAGCGACCUGGUCUUCUCGGGAGUCUUCUCCCUAGUCUGGAUCGGUGAAGCGGUGGUGACUCUUCAGAUCAAACUGCUGGGAGGAAACAUUUCCUUUAUGCAAUCGGUAUCCAUCAUCGGCUACACCUUGUUCCCGCUUACGAUCGCUGCCCUGCUCAGUGCUCUGGGAUUACCGAUGAUUGCGCGUGUUCCGGUCUAUAUUGUUCUUGUGUCGUGGUCGCUGGCAGCCGGGGUUAGCAUUCUCGGAGGGUCAGGGGUCGUCAAGAACCGGGUCGCGCUCAGUGUGUAUCCUCUGUUUGUCUUCUACCUAGGCCUUGGAUGCCUGUGUUUUAUUAGUUAG